AUGAUUGGUUGUGCAGGUUCAUUUCGGGGCCCACAGCUCGUAUGUCGGCAAAAUGCCACAGGCAUCUCUGGACGCUUUGCCAGUCGAGCUCAUAGCUCGGAUAGCCAACUUCGCAGACCCAGUGCCCUCUUCAUAACACUCGAGCAUCACACACAAUGCCACCAAUCUUUCCGAGUCGCAUCGGAUAUCUUGCCAUCGACGCUUCCUCGAUUGCUGGCAGGCGGUAAGCUUGACAGGAUCGCCUUGUGGCACGUUCGUUCAGUUGAUAUCUGGGGUGGUCGUCGGACCUGGGCUGACUGGAAGCCUCACUCAUUACUUCUGCCCAACACGGCUGUGACGACUCCCGCUCACUCCACCAUACAGGACAGCUUCACUCCGCCACGCCCCUAUGGUCCAGGCUUCCUUUCGCAGGAUGAGCUCGACGUUCUUACUUCACUCAUGGAGGACGAGCUGCAUUUCGACCACGCCACAGCUCGACAUUGGCGCUCAUCAAUCGAAGACGGCUGCGACAUUGCCCUCAAGGGCCUGGUAAUCGCGCUAAGUCCUCGCUUGGAGCAUCUCCGAGUUAUCAUGGCCCCAUGCGAAAUGCCGCAAGAUACGUCUCGCGACUACUUUGACCGUCUCAAGGAUCCAGACAAGCACGCUGCCGAGAAUACCCUCGAGUUCCCGAGUUGUCAAGAACUAGAUCUGCGCUUCAUCGGCAAGUCCAUUCGCAUGAUCACAAAAUCUGCAGACAAAAAACUGCUCUGGCCGCCAGGCUUCGCAUCCCUACGCAACGUGGCCGUGGGCAUCCAUUCCCUCGCCACACCGUACGCGCAGACAGCUGGCGCCCACCAGAUGCGAUCAUGGAUCAACACUCCCGCGAUUGCGCCGCUCUUCGCGCUGCCGGGAGUCGCAACACUUUACGCAGCCGGCCUAGCUGACCCCGGGUACGCCGAUACACUCACCAUUGACCCCGUCCUUGAGCCCGGAAAGUCGAGCAUCAAGUCUCUCUUCUUCUCAGAAUGCACCAUGCAAGAGCCAACGCUCAAACGGCUGGUGAAGGCAUGCGAGACAGUAAAGACAUUGACCCUCCAGAGAUGCGACACGGAGGCCUUUAUCCUCUCUGAUAUGCACACUGUGCUGAGUCGACACUGCAUGGAGGGCUUGUUCGACGGGCUGGUCACCCUGGGCAAGACCCCGCCUCUGCCCGCCUCGGACUUUGCCGAGUUCACCUCAUGUCUCGUCGAGCUGCUGAGGGCGUGCCAGAGCCGACAUAUAAACAUCACCAACCUCGAAUACUCUGGGACCCACCUCAGCCAGCGUCGUCUGCAGGUGCUGCUGGACGAGGCGCUGACCCACGUCUUUGAGAACGAGGUGGCGGAUGACAGAGAUGAUUUCAAACCCGAGGCGAUUUUUCUGACCGAGGCCGAGGUCCCGAGCCGUGAAGCGUUUGGUUUCCGCAAGGCCAUCGUAGCCGGCAGGGAAGUUGGCGUCGAGGUCAUUACAGCCGCGACGCCAAUGUCGGAGGAGGUGCGCUCGCUGCUGCCGAGGGGCGCGAGCGAGCUGGAUCUCGAGUCAAGUCCCUGGCGUGGCCAUGCGCUCGUCAAGGGUUUGACAGUACACCCAGAGCGAGGUCUAGAGCUGGGCGGCUGCAAUGCGUGCGGCAGGUGUCAGGUGUGUUUAGGGAAGUAUCCCACGGAGUUGUGGCGACAGAGGGACGAUGGCGCGUACUUUACACAUGAGAACUUGGAGAAGUGGAGAACCGAGGACGAAGCGAAAACGGCGCAGGCGUGAGAACGCGAGUAGGCUCCCGCGAAGAAGAUGUACUGUCUAGCUAUUAGACUUCGCGUGUUUGCACAAAUAUACAGGUCAGACCUUCGACCGCUUCUCGUGCGGAGCAGCGGGCAGCGACA